GUCAGAGGACAGCUUUUAAGAGUCCGUUCUCACCUUCUGCCUUAUAGAAGCAGGAGUUCUCAGUUCUGCUGUGCUGUGCUGUGUACUCCAGGCUGGCUGGCCUGUGAACUUCAGACAGCUCUGUCUGGCUCUCUCCCCCAUCUCCCCGUAAGAGUGCUGGGAUUCCAGAUGUUCAUCACGUGUCCAGCUUUCCACAUGGGUUCUUUUGUUGUCAGUACUCUCACCCAGUGAGCCACCUCCCCAGCCCAUGAGGAUUAUGAUUGUGGCAAGGAACCCAAACUGCCUGGUGUUCCCGGCAAGGUGCCUGGCUGCAGCAAGCCAUGCUCUGAGCCAUGCCCAGACCGGGACAGCCUCGCCCAUCGUCUGGGCCUCCUCGCUUGGGUCCCUGGGAGAGGCCAACAGAGCUAUGCCUGGAAACCAAUGAUGAGCGCUCCCAGCCCCCACCAGGCCGCCGCACCCGCAGGGCGGACCCCAAGGACCCUGGCCACCAUGGGCCAGAGAGUAUCACCUUCAUUUCAGGCUCUGCAGAACCGGCCACUGAGCCCCCAACCUGCUGCCUCCUCUGGCGCCCCUGGGGGUGGGACUGGUGCAGGGCUGCCUUCUGCUUCCGCCGCUGCAGAGAUUGCCUGCAGCGCUGUGGGGCUUGUGUGCGGGGCUGCAGCCCCUGCUUAUCUGCUGCGGAUCCCACUGAGGGGUCUGCUGAAGUCACUUGGGUCAAGGAGAAUGGCGUGCCACCCAGCCCGGACUGUGCACCUCCCAGCCGCCGGGAUGGCCAGCGGCUCAAGUCCAGCAUGGGCAGCAGCUUCAGCUACCCUGACGUUAAGCUCAAGGGCAUUCCGGUCUACCCCUACCGCCAUGCCACCUCCCCGGUCCCUGAUGCGGACUCCUGCUGCAAGGAGCCCCUGCCUGAGCCUCUUCCCACACGGCACAGCCUGCCAAGCACCCUCCCCAGCAGCCCCCGCGGCUCCGAGGAGUAUUACUCCUUCCACGAGUCGGACCUGGACCUGCCCGAGAUGGGCAGUGGCUCCAUGUCGAGCCGGGAGAUCGACGUGCUUAUUUUCAAGAAGCUGACAGAGCUGUUCAGUGUACACCAGAUUGACGAGCUGGCCAAGUGCACGUCGGACACUGUGUUCCUGGAGAAGACCAGCAAGAUCUCAGACCUGAUCAGCAGCAUCACGCAGGAUUACCACCUGGACGAGCAAGACGCCGAGGGCCGCCUGGUGCGCGGCAUCAUUCGUAUCAGUACCCGCAAAAGCCGCUCCCGCCCACAGACCUCGGAGGGGCGCUCAGCCCGCUCGACUGCCCCUGCCGCUGCCCCCGACAGUGGCCAUGAGACCAUGGUAGGCUCUGGCCUCAGCCAGGAUGAACUGACAGUGCAGAUCUCCCAGGAGACAACAGCCGAUGCCAUCGCCAGGAAGCUGAGGCCAUAUGGAACCCCAGGGUACCCAGCCAGCCAAGACUCGUCCUUCCAGGGCACGGACACAGACUCUUCAGGGGCACCCCUGCUGCAGGUCUACUGCUAACCCCCAAUGGCCCGGCACUCACAGCCCCUCUUGGAAGAAGCGUAGCCAGCGGAGUGGAAGAACCAGGACCCCUUUGUGUGGAGGCCAGACACUGAGCCUAGCAGUGACCUCUGGCUUCUGCUUCUGCUGAAUGAUUUAGACCAUGUACAUUUCACAGGGCCAUGGUGCCCCUGUCCUCUGCCUCUUCAGCUGAACUGACUGCUGCCUGGGCCUGUUUCUUCCUGUGGCCUGAAAGCACAGCCUUGGGAAGUAGCUUCCCAGUUCCAUUCCCAUGUCACCCCCAAGCAAUUAUGGAAACUAUGUAGGUAGCAUGGCCUCUAUAUGUGAUUCUCUGGGCAGCGCCCACUUGUUACAUUGCUGAGCAGUUUGGAUCGGAUCUUGGAUGUUCUGUAUUGUUAACAUGACCAUUGUUGCAAGUAUA